GACUGCGGACAUAGUACAGGAGAUGACCAGAGACUGCGGACAUAGUACAGGAGAUGACCAGAGACUGCGGACAGUACAGGAGAUGAUCAGAGACUGCGGACAUAGUACAGGAGAUGACCAGAGACUGCGGACAGUACAGGAGAUGACCAGAGACUGCGGACAGUACAGGAGAUGACCAGAGACUGCAGACACAGUACAGAAGAUGACCAGAGACUGCGGACAGUACAGGAGAUGACCAGAGACUGCAGACACAGUACAGAAGAUGACCAGAGACUGCGGACACAGUACAGAAGAUGACCAGAGACUGCGGACACAGUACAGGAGAUGACCAGAG